UGCCACUUGUGUUAUUAACUAUGCUGUCAACUGAUAUCUAUAUCGAGCCGCUGACUGCUGCAGUGGUUGGCCUAGCAAUGCACCAUUUUGUCUUCAUCAGGGGGGAAUGGCAUGUCAGAGCCCCCGUUGUUUUUCGUUUUUAUCUAGCUUCCACUCUACUGUGGUGUAUAGCAUAUUAUCGAGCUUGCGACCGAAGCAUUCAGACAUGUUCUAUCCACUAUUUCUUCUCGCUAUCAACUCACUAUAUCACACUCUUAGCGAGCAUCGUCAUAUAUCGCUGUUUCUUUCAUCCCCUUCGACACUUCCCAGGGCCAUACCUAGCGAAGGCUACUAAAUUCUGGCAUGUUUGGAAAUGUCGGAAUUCCAAUAACCACUUGCUCCUUGAAAAGCUUCGUCACGAAUAUGGCAAUUUCGUUAGAACAGGCCCAAACGAAAUCACUAUUUUCCAUCCUGCCGGACUGAACCUGAUUAAUAAGCCCGACUUGGUUGAACGAAGCGACUGGUAUGACUUGGUACAUCCUUCUUUCUCCCUGAACACGGUUCGUAACCAGUAUUUCCAUGACCGGCGCCGUAAGGUCUGGGAAUUUGCUUUCACGAACGAUGCAAUGAAAGGAUACGAAGAAAGGAUCCGUAGCUAUGCAACCAAGGUCGAUGAUUCUAUAAGGGGGUCAAAUAGGAGCAUUAUUGACACAAAUGCAAUAAUAUACCGUUUCGCAUACGACGUUAUGCGUGAUCUGGCUUUUGCUAAAACAUCUAACGAUACCGACCAAGAAUGGCAGACAUCAGUCAACACUAUCCAUACCGGCCUAUCAAUUCUAGGACCCUUAUCGCCUGCUCCCUGGAUUGCACUUCUAUUCUUCUCGUUCACCAACCUCCAAUUGGUGAGCGACUGGAACAACAUGAUGGCAUACUGUAGAGAAAAAAUGGCUGAGCGGCUAGCAUUGGUAACGCCUAAGGGCCGCGAUAUCUCCUCGUGGCUGAUCCAAGAUGCAAAGUCACGCGGUCAGAUCGACUCACCUGAAGAAAUGCAAUGGUUAAACGGGGACGCCUUCUCCAUGAUCCUGGCUGGGUCGGACACCACUGCGUCAACACUCAUAUUCACUUUUUGGCACUUGGCGAAGACACCUAGAUAUCAGAAACUUAUUCAUGAUGAGAUACUAAAGUUCGGCGUACUUUCUCCUCUGAUUUCGGAAAUGAGUUUCAAGGACUUCGAGAGACUCCCCUUUCUGAAUGCAUUCAUCAAUGAGACGCUACGACUACACCAUCCCCUACCCACGGCUGGUUCCAGGAUAGUACGCCAAAAAGGAUUAAUCAUCGAUAACGAGCAUAUUCCUCCCGGCACAAAAGUAGUAGCUCCAAGAUGGAAUUUUGGCCGGCAUGAAGCCCAUUAUAAACGUGCCUGGGAGUUUUUACCUGAGCGAUGGUUGAACGACUCAGACCUCAUUUCAGAUCGCCGCGCAUUUACACCUUGGGCGGGCGGCAAAUGGGCCUGCCUCGGGAAGCAAAUUGCACUGUUCGAGCUACGAUAUCUCAUAUCCCUUCUAGUGCACCACUACAGCAUCUCGCUACCGCCUGGCGACGACGGUUCUAGCGUUGAACGAGAUUAUAAAGAUCAGGUGACAGCAUUUCCGGGGAAGUUGAACUUAGUCUUCACAGCUAGGGGUUCCGAAUAAGAUUCAAGAUUUCUAUAAUCAUCUAGGCACUUACCAAAGUUGACUGAAUAGUAUCC